AAGCCUCAAAAGUCUCGCUUUCCCAGUCGUUUCCUCCUACGCGUUUCAACUUUGAACAAUCCACUUCCCACCUUUCAAGUUUCAUUUUGAGUCAAUCUCUUUACUCUCUCCCAUAGGGGUCCCAGUUCCGCCUUCCUCAUCCAUUCCUCCUCGCCGUUACUUUGCUGUUCAGUUCAACUCUUCUUAUCAGUGUUCUCAGUCAAAGUCCCCAUCCAAAUGGAAUCAAGCAAAGCCGGGCUAGUAAAGCAAAAUCCUAACCCCCCUGUCCUUUUUUCGUCAACGUCUGAGUCUUCUUCCAAGUCUCUGCCCGUGCAGUGGCAGGCCAAACCACCUUAACCCAACACUCCCCUCUCUUUCUUGCUCCUCAUUUUGCACCAAAAUUCAAUCCUCAGACCCCUAAAUCUCCGCCGUAUCUGUUUCUCUAUUACUGUUAUUUGUUCCAUUCCCUCUGAACCCAGAUUCCGAUACUUGUUGCCCGCAACCCCAAAAGCCAAAGGCUUCGAUGAGAUUGCAGAGGUGAAGGAUCAUCUCGCCAGCAGACAGCUCCAAAAUGGGCAGGUAUGGGUACGAUUCGUCUGUCCUCUACGUUUCUCUGUGCUUCUGGUUCUGUCCAAUGGCGCUGUGUCUGCUAUCCCGGAACCAAACCAGUACCAUGACCGCGCUCUCCCUACUACUUCAUCAAACUGGCUUGACUGAUUCAUGGAAUAUUAAGGUGCACCCGAAUCCAUGUCAGUGGAAGGGCGUCGCUUGCGACCCCACCAACUCCUCUGUAAUCAAACUUUCGCUAUCUGGGAAUUCCAUCUCUUCUUCCGAAUUUGUGACUCGUCUUUGCCAGAUCGAAAGUUUGCAGCAUCUUGAUCUUUCUGUUAAUGUCUUCAGCUCAAUUCCAGACGAUUUCAUCUCUGACUGUGGGAAGGUUCAGGGGUUAAAGUUUCUCAAUUUUAGUUACAACAAAAUAUUCGGUCCUUUGCCUACUUUUCAUGGAUUUGAUGCCUUAGAGUCCCUGGAUAUAUCUUUCAAUACUUUUUCAGGGAAAAUUGAAUCACAGUUAGCCGGGUUAGGGAACCUCAAGAGCUUAAAUCUUAGUUUCAAUUCUUUCAAUGGGUCCCUCCCUACCAAACUGGGAAAUUCCGGGGCUUUGGAGCAGCUUGUGCUGAGCCUUAAUCACUUUGAAGGUACAAUCCCUGCUGAAAUCCUGAGUUACACAAAUUUGACUUUGCUUGACCUUGGACGAAAUGAGCUUACAGGUUCUAUUCCUAGCAGCAUCGGAGAUCUAUCCAGAUUGCAAGUUUUAAUUCUAUCCUCUAAUAACCUUGGAGGGACAGUCCCAAGUGCACUCUCGAACAUCCAAACCCUCCGCCGUUUUGCAGCCAAUGAAAACCACUUCGAUGGUUCUGUUCCCCGCGGAAUUACGAGAUUUCUUAGUAACUUGGAUCUCAGUUAUAACAAGUUGUCCGGGCCUAUUCCAGCAGACCUUUUUUCACAAUCCAAUUUGCAGCAUGUGGAUUUGUCCAGUAAUUCGUUAUCCGGGCCUUUACCUGCAGUCAUAUCUUCUAGCAUUAUCAGGUUGAGAUUAGGGGGUAAUUCCCUGAAUGGGACGAUACCUUCAAAAGCAUUUUCGACAGUCCAGAGUUUGACGUAUAUCGAACUGGAGGCCAAUAAAUUGACAGGCCCAAUACCCGGCGAGGUGGGUUCUUGCCAGAAUCUGGCCUUGUUGAACUUGGCUCAGAAUCAACUGUCUGGGAGAUUGCCUGCAGAGCUUGGAAAGCUCCGCAAUCUUCAAGUCUUGCAGCUUCAAGGGAAUGAGCUUUCUGGACCAAUACCAACUCAACUGUCUCAGCUACAGAAGUUGUCAACUCUGAAUUUGAGCCACAAUUCUCUGAACGGAACCAUUCCACCAGCAAUGUUCAAUUUGGUAAAGCUUAGUAAGAUUUACUUACAGCGAAACAAUCUCAGUGGUUCUAUUCCCACAUCUAUAAGCAGCAUGGCGUCUCUUAUGGAACUUCAACUUGGAGAAAACCAGCUAAGUGGUUUAAUUCCAAAAAUGCCAUGGAAUCUUCAGAUUGCGUUGAAUCUCAGCAGCAAUCUCUUUACAGGGCCUAUUCCCAGCACUCUUGCUGGCUUGAAUAACCUGGAAAUCAUGGAUCUCUCGAAUAACAAAUUUUCUGGUGAAAUUCCUGAUUUUCUCACCAAGAUGCCGGCUUUGACACAGUUGGAACUUUCUAAUAAUGAGUUGUCCGGAGUCAUUCCCGACUUCAAUUCUCAUGUUAAAGUCGAUUCAGGUGGAAAUAAAGCUCUCGAAAACAAAACUGCGUCUUCUAACACUUCCCCAAUAUCUCCUAAGGGAAAUCCUGUUGUCACGGCAGUUCUUGUUGCAAUUGCAGCUGCAGUUUUUCUUGUUGGCCUGGUAACUGUGCUGGCUGUAUUAAUCUCACGACGUUUAUACAGGGUAAAUGACGAACACUUACAACCACAUGAUGACCACCCUCAACCCCCUCUGGUCAUCCAAGGUCACUUAUUAACUCCAAAUGGAAUUCACAGAUCCAACAUUGAUUUCUCUAAGGCCAUGAAAGAUGUUGCUGAAACAUCAAACAUUACCCUGAAAACUAGGUUUUCAACUUAUUAUAAGACUAUUAUGCCAUCUGGAUCAAUCUACUUUGUCAAGAAGCUUAACUGGAGUGAGAAGCUAUUCCCACUGGGCAGUCAAGAUAAAUUUGGUAAAGAGCUAGAGGUCUUGGCGAAAUUGAACAAUUCAAAUGUCAUGACUCCUUUGGCUUAUGUUCUAUCCACUGACAGUGCUUAUAUACUGUAUGAAUUUAUCUCAAGUGGCUCCCUUUAUGAUGCUCUUCACGGAAGCUUGGAAAACUCUUUAGAUUGGGCUAGCAGAUAUAGUAUAGCUGUUGGGGCGGCUCAAGGUCUCUCUUUUCUGCAUGGAUUCGCCUCAGGUCCAAUUCUUCUCCUUGACCUAUCAAGUAAAAGUAUAAUGCUGAAGUCUCUCAAGGAGCCUCUGGUUGGAGAUAUUGAACUCUACAAGGUGAUUGAUCCUUCAAAAAGCACAGGAAGUUUUUCCGCAGUUGCUGGUUCUGUUGGCUAUAUUCCUCCUGAGUAUGCAUACACAAUGAGAGUGACGAUGGCUGGGAAUGUGUACAGCUUUGGGGUAAUCCUGCUGGAAUUGUUAACAGGAAAGCCAGCAGUGACUGAUGGAACUGAAUUGGUGAAGUGGGUAACGCGCAACUCAACGAAGCAAGAUCACAUUCUGGAUUUUAAUGUCAGUAGAACAUCUCAGGCUGUCAAAAACCAGAUGCUUGCAAUCCUUCAGAUAGCUCUUGCUUGUGUCAGUUCAUCCCCUGAAGCAAGACCAAAGAUGAAGAGUGUGCUCCGAAUGCUCCUGAAUGCACGAUAAGUUUGUAUCCUUCCUUCUAGUUGGAUCUUCUGCGCUCCUAAAGAAACUCUGCAGAGAUAAGGACAAAGAUUAUACGGAGUACUCAAGUAAGGGUUGGAUUUAAUCUACAACAGACAGAGUAGAAUACUUGAUAAUUCUUAAUUACUCGUUAGGUGCUUGUACAAUGCAAAGUGUAGCAGGCUUGCGGCUGUGUAAACUGUAAAGCAAAUCAAAAUGCUUAUGGUACAACUCCUUAUAUAAAUAAUGGAUAAAGGUCGUUUCUUCGGUA